AAUACAUACUUCAAUUUAGAAUUUUCAAAGAGAACAUUCUAUAGACACUUGGCAAUCCUUUGCCCUACAUAGUAGAAGGACAUUGCAAUAAUAACCACCCCCAAAUUUCAAGAACACUAGUGUUAAUCGAAAUGUAUUAAAAAUAUUUUUCAUUUGCUCUUAUUAAAUCAUCACCGUGUAAGCACGAAAGCAACUUUCUGCAUUCAUAUUUCGUUUCAUAAAUUUAUAAAAACGGUUCAUUUCAUGUACAUUAUUCGUUAUUUAUAAAAAAAAAAGUUCUAAAAAAAUAGUAUCAAAUAGGAAAAAAAGAAAAAGAAAAAAAGUGUAUAAUAUCAAGUAAAAACUUAACAAAUGGAAAGUAUUUGGCAUAGAGCAUGCACACAUUACGAUGUACCAGAAGAUGUGGCUAAAACAUGGUAUACACGUAUUCGGGAACGUUUAAAUCAAAUCCAACCUACUCGCGCCUAUCACAAUUGGAAUGAAAUGAUGCUGCGAAAGGAGGAGCACCUCGAAUCCUGUAAGCCAAAUAUUGUUUUAGCUGCAUUCUUCCAAUAUUUUGCAUAUGAUGGUAAUCGUAGUUGUGUCAGAGAAAACUGUGCUGCAUUUAAGGACUUCUGCACCGAUGCCAUGUUGGAGGACGAAACUUCAAAAGCACACGUUUUAAAGCUUUUAGGCGAUAAGGCAAUUGAAUGUGAAUUAGAUGCUAGCAUUGAGGAUGAUGCUAAUAUAUUACAGGACUUGGACUUAAUAAUAUUAGGUGCUCCGUCUGAUGUUUAUAAAUCCUACAGCCAAUUAUUACGUCGGGAAUAUUUCCAUAUGAACGAUGAAAGCUAUAGAUUAAUGCGUUUAAAGGUGCUUGAAACUUUGCUGAAAAUACCAAAUAUAUUUUCAACUGAGGAAUAUCAAAAUAAAUAUGAAGAAACAGCGCGCAUAAAUAUAGAAGAAGAAAUCUCUACAUUGAGAGUGUAAUUUCAAAUAUAAACAGUAUUUAAAUCCUCUUAUAAAGAAGAGAUCUUAUGAAGACCUCUCAAAAUAGAAAUGGCCUCGUUCAUAUAUUCCCUUCAAAAUAACAUAGAUUAAGAACUGAAAAAUAAAUAAUUUUGACAGUUUAAAG